GUGAAUUGCAGACCCUUUCAACACGCCAAUGAGUGGAUCGGAUAUUCGAGACAUUUUACAGAUUGGAAAGCCUUCUGAACCGGCUCCACGUAAAUUGAAGCAAGCCGUUGAAAAGAAGCCAGAGGGCAUCAGUCGUGAAUUAUACUCUUUGAUCGGUGGAGCACCUCCUAUCGCCUUCAUCAAACCCAACUAUAAAGCAAAACUCAGCUUUCAACAAAAAGCAACUCCAUGGGAAUUUCGACAAUUCACGAAUCCCGCUCGCACAGACGGUUUGGUUCUUCGACAUUGGGUGAAAGCAAAUGACGAUAAUGAUGGCGACUAUUAUUUUGCAAAGUUCAACAAAAUCAUCAAUGUUACAGAUUAUACAAAUGAAGAGUACGAAAAGUACUUGAAUGACCCAAACUGGACAAAAGAGGAGACUGAUUACCUGUUCGCGCUAUGUAGAAAUUACGACUUGCGGUUUGUGGUUAUAGCAGAUCGCUAUGAAUACCCCGGUGCGACGAGAUCCAUGGAGGACUUGAAAGAACGCUACUAUGGCGUCAAUCAGGCACUUUUGAGAGAACGAGCAGCAUCUUCAACCUCAACAGACAAUAACCAAGAGCGCCAAACUCUCAUACAACAAUUCAGCUUUGACAAGAAUAAGGAAAUUGAGCGGAAAAAGGCUUUGGAGAUUCUUUUCAACAGAACACCAGAACAAAUCGAAGAAGAAGAGGCACUGUUCGUUGAAGCACGACGUUUGGAACAAAAUGAUAUGAAAUUGGCCAAGGAACGAGAACAGCUGCUUAAGUUUUUGCAAACAUACGAUAUUCAACAAACACUUCCAGCGACACCUGGACCACCCAGUGCCGGUAUCCCAGCACAACCUGGCCUCGCAACCCCAGGAGGCAUUGGUAUUGCUGGCGGCAGUGGUACAUCACCCAUCCAUGACAAGCUUAAAAAGAAGAAGAGUCAACCAGAAGUCGAUACAAAGAAGGCUCGACGAAUGUCAAAUGCUUCGGUCAGCUCUUCGGUCAACGAAGAAAUAAUAGAAAAGAAGGAGAAACUUACACCUGGAGUGUACGUUCGCAGUCAAAAAAUACCUCCAAUCAAGCCCAACAUGAUACAGAAAGUUGGGAAAGUUAUGGACGAACUCGGCAUACCUAUCCGGCCGAUUAUGCCCACAGCACAAGUAUGUGCCAAGUUUGAGCAGUUACAAACAGCUAUCAUCACCCUAUUGGAUUUGAAGCGACAAGUCGAUCGACAAGAGACUGAUCUCAAGGUCAAGAAGACUCAAAAAUCUAAAGACGGUACUCCUACACCUCAAGGGCCGCAGGAAGGUAUUGCCAAUAGGAAACGAUCCGCAUCGAACGUUGGUCUUAACUCGCGCGAUAAAAGGAAAAAAGCAUAACGUUUGUACAUAAAUCUACUCUGGCUAUAAUAAAACAUUUGCCACCACUCCUAGAUGGCGCUGACUUUUUCACCCCUCGCAAAAAAAAAAUAACAAUAAUAACCCCUCCAGCUGUUCACUUG